AUGCUUGGAUCAAAAAGAACAACAUAUUCACUGUCUGAACUUCCAUCAGAGCUUUUAGAAUUAAUUCUACCCAAAUUGUCUUUCAUCAACAUGCUGAGUUUCAAAGCUGUCUCAACUUCAAUGCAUUACACUGUACAAAACUACCUUUCAUUGCCACCCACACCACCUCACACCCCCGGCCCUCAUCAUCAUCUUCUUCAAACUCCGUUACUCAUGCUUCCAUUUGAAGAAAAAGAAUGUGAUAUAGACGAUGAUGGGUUCUUCACAGACGAUGUUGGUUCGUUCAGUCGCUUCUUCGAUCUCGAGCACAAAAGGGUGGGAAGGCUUAACAACGUACCCAGAGAACUUUACAAUAGUCAGUGUGUUGGUUCCUCUCAUGGGUGGCUGGUGCUCUUGGAUGAAAACGCGGAUCCUUUUCUCCUCAAUCUAUUUUCACGAGUUCGAAUUCAACUACCCAACAAAGAAGCUUUACCACACAUACUGAGUGUUCAAAAAAAUUCUGAAGACACAGUUCUUGUGACAUACAAGGUUGGCAAUUAUAGGCAGUAUAAAUUACCCUUGAAACAUCUUCAUAAGCACUUGAUCAGGAAGGCUGUUCUAUCCUCAAAUCCAUCUCACAACAACAAUUAUAGAAUAGUUAUUAUCGACGGCAACCAAUUGAAGCUUGCCUUUUUUAGGCCUGGAGACAAUGCAUGGACUGGCCUUGAAGGUCAGCAACAUGCACCUUAUUGCGAUAUAACAUUCGAUGAUGAUGGUAUGUUUUUUGCAUUAUCUGAGCGUGGUUCGGUUGAAGUUUGGGGCUUCCAUGGUUCCUUACCUAUUAAAAUAACCACUAUUGAUCCUUCUUUCCCUAUAAAAGAAGUGGAAGAACCUUGGCAAAAAGAUCUUUAUACUACACGUUGCUACUUGGUAGAAACAUCAGGUGAUCUUCUGCUUGUUGAGAGGUAUAUUGGAGAGUAUGUUCAUGAUGGUGUACCAGUUUAUGAGGAAGACCUUCUCAAUGGUCAAACGAACCACCCUUUAGUUUGUCCAUACAAAACAUUGCAGUUCAGAGUUUAUAAGUUGGAAUUUGGUCAAAAGAAGUGGGUAGAGGUAAAAUCUUUAAGCAAUAGCAUGUUAUUUUUGGGUGGGAAUCACUCAAUGUCACUCUCUGCUCACGAUUUUCCAAAAUAUAAGGCAAAUUCAAUUUACUUCACCGACGAUUACGGGGAUCGAAUGGAUGAGGAUUACUUAUACGGGGGCCACGAUAUGGGUAUAUUCAACUUGGAUGAUAGAAGUGUUGAACCGUUCUAUCAAUGUAAUAUGCAGAAAAUUCAACCACCGCCCUUUUGGGUUGUUCCUAACCCAUAG